GUGUAUUGUGUCCGGCCCGGCUUGCCGUAGUAAUUGUGCAGACUAACCGGUCUGUCAGAGUUGAUGAGCUGGGCAGGUGGUGAGUCAGCGGAGUUGCGGGUCAUGCUCAGACAUGCACAGUGUGCGCUGCGGAUCUAGCCUCGACUUGUCUACUAGCUCUGUUUUUAAAGGGACUCCGGAGAGCAGUUUGUAGCACUUUAGGCAGGGAGCUGAGGGAAGCUCCCGAUCAAAGCACUUUAUCGGACAUUCGUGUAUUUAUUAAAGGCAGCCGUGCAAAAUGAAUGUGUCGUCCACUACAGAUUGCUUAGAAAGCUCUCAGAUUAUAGCUUCAGAACAGGAAAUAUUUGUAAAACCAAAGCCACUGCUGCUGAAAUUAUUAAAGACCGCAGGUGCAGAGACUGACACUUUCACAAUGAAGGAGGUUAUUUACCAUCUUGGUCAGUACAUUAAGGCCAAGCAGUUGUAUGACGAGAAGCAGCAGCAUAUUGUCCACUGCUCCAAUGAUCCUCUAGGAGAACUAUUUGGGGUACAGAGCUUUUCUGUAAAAGAACCGAGGAGACUGUAUGCAAUGAUAUCUAAGAAUCUGGUGACCGCUGGUUCAAAAGAUUCUUCUGAUACUAUAUCCAAUGACAGUGAUUCUAGCAGUAUUUCGCAUAAACAGAAUACUCCUAAGGAGUCCACUCAGUAUGUACAAGAGAAAUUAAUACCAUCAGCCAGUGGCUCAUCACAGAGGAAAACCAACAGUGAAACAGAGGACAACUCAAGUCCACCUCCUGAGCAACAAAGGAGGCGACAUAAGUCGGACAGUAUUUCACUAACGUUUGAUCAAAGCCUUUCGUGGUGGGUGAUAAGUGGCCUGCGCCGUGAAAGAAACAGUGAAUCUACAGACACCACCUCCUGCAAUACAGAGAUCGAAAUACCGUCAGCAAGUGACAACUCUGAUUGGUUGGAUCAAGACUCAGAUUCUGAUCAGUUCAGUGUGGAAUUUGAAGUUGAAUCAGUAUAUUCAGAUGAUUACAGUCCUAGCGGAGAUGAACAAGGCCUUACUGAUGAAGGGGAUGAUGAUGUCAAUGAUGAGGUAUAUCAAGUGACUAUAUACCAGGCAGAAGAUGCUGACUCGUUUGAUGAGGAUACUGAAAUUUCCGAAGCAGAUUAUUGGAAGUGCUCUGAUUGCGAGGAAAUUAAUCCACCUCUACCAAGUCAUUGUAACCGUUGCUGGGCUCUUCGUAAAGACUGGCUUCCUGAAGAAAAGAAAGGCAAAUCUGAGCCUGUCAAGAGGAAAACCAUGGUAGAAACGGAGGAAAACGAAGGUGUUGAUGUGCCUGACGGUAAAAAGGCUAAACUUACAGGUUCUCAAGACUUGAGCGUUGAGAAACAAGUAGAUGAAGUCUUGCAGUGCUCGCAGGAAACUGAAGACUUUUCUCAGCCUUCUACAUCCGGCAGCGUCGCCUCUUGUAGUCAAGAAGAGUCCAAAGAACACGAGCGCGAAGAAGUGCGAGAGGAAAGCGCAGAGUCCUCUCUUCCUUUAAGUAGCGUUGAGCCAUGCGUAAUUUGUCAGUCCAGGCCUAAAAAUGGCUGCAUUAUCCAUGGAAGAACAGGUCACUUGAUGGCAUGUUUUACUUGUGCUCGAAAGCUUAAAAAGAGGAACAAGCCUUGCCCUGUCUGCAGACAGCCAAUUCAGAUGAUCGUGCUAACCUACUUCAGCUAGAAACAGACUCGGACUAAGCAUAAGCAAAAAGGACACUUGGGUACCUCAGCAUAGUGUGUGUAUUCAUUUUUAACUUAUUGUAGUAAAGAGCAAUAUUUUGGCCAGGAAAUGUAUUGAUAAAUCAUUUUAUAUAGCAAACUAAAAAUCCUACAAAAUAUAUUUAUAUUAAUAUAAUUCCUUACAGGAUUCAUUGUUCCAGUAACCAAACCAUUAUAUUGUAUCAUAUAUA